UAUGUCUGAAAAUGCGUUAGAAGAUGAGGAGAGCGCUUGGAAGAAGCCGACAAGUGAGCAACGUGCUGAACUGAAGAGGAGACGAGAGAGAGAUGAUCAGAUUAGCUCGCGAAUGGGAGAGUAUCUAUUGAAAGGAUAUCGGAUGCUUGGCAGCACGUGCAGCACUUGUGGUGCUGUGCUGAUGCGAGACAGACAGUCACGGGAUUUUUGCAUUGGAUGCGAAGAGAUCGACAAAGGAGGAGACAAAGAGACACAUGAAGCAAGUGAAACAGACACACAGAGCACACGAGUGUCGAACGAAUCGAAACAAGCAGUCGCUAGUGGCAUCGAUUCCACCAUCCGAUUUGAUGCCACAAUCGCGACUCUCCAACAACAGAUUACUCUCGCCACUCAACAUCUUCGAGACUCAUCUAGCCUGACUGUCGGGGCUCGAUGCGAACUAUGCCAAUUGAUCGAACGAGCGGCAACAGCUAUGCUUGCCGUGCAGCGAAUGACCGUGACUGGUAAUCAUAACUAG